AUGGAUCCCUUCUUCUUCUCCGACCACGAUGAGCUCCAAUUUCUCUGGAGUUUAUCCGAAGAUCCCAACGUCGAUCUCCUCGACGCCGUCACGCAACAUCUCUCUCGUCCUCCUUCGCAGGCCACGUGGCCGAGUUCGUUCUCCAAAUACACAAGACCAACUUCCGCGGUGCCGCCGGGGGUUUUGAGCUCGAUGUCGCGGGCUCGAGGCGGAGACGGCCGCAAUAUUCAUCGACGGAUUAUUGAGUUGUUAAGAAGGAUUCAGAGAGGUAAACAAUCGGGCUCCGGCAAAGGCGGAGGCGGCGGCGGAGGCAUUGAAAGUAGUAAGGGAGGAGAAGGGAGCCGCGUGUUUAGGCAUAUGAUGCGAGAGAGACAAAGAAGGGAGAGGCUUAGCCAAAGCUAUGCUGAUUUACAUGCUAUGCUCUCUGCUCGGACAAAGGCGGAUAAGAAUUCGAUAGUGCAAACAGCUGCAGCGGUGGUGAGGGAGUUGAAAGGAGUGAAGGAAGGGUUACAGAAGAGAAAUGAGGAGCUGAUGAAAAUGGUGGCGUGA